AUGGAACAAAGAGGAUUCGGGGCAUGGAGGCAGCGACGGCAGUGGGUCGUCUUCAUGGUUGCUUUGGUUCCCUUUUGGAGCGGGGCGUCGGCACAAAUAAGAUACUCCAUCUCUGAAGAGCUUAAGGAAGGAACUGUCGUGGGGAAUAUAGCUAAGGAUUUGGGAAUAGAUCGGAGUACCUUGAAGGAAAGGGGAUUUCGAAUCGUGUCUGGCUCGACCGAGCCCCUUUUCCAGGUAAACCAGAAUGACGGCAUCUUGUAUGUGAACCGAAAAAUAGACCGAGAGGAGGUGUGCGAACGGAGCAACGUGUGUUUGAUCAACAUGAAAACCGUUCUAGAGAACCCUCUGGAGGUCCAUUAUGUCGCAGUGGAGGUGUUAGAUGUUAACGACCAUUCUCCCAGCUUUCCCGAGAAAGAGAAACGGUUAGAGAUAUUUGAGUCAGCCUUACCAGGGGCGCGAUUUCAGCUACAACCUGCCCGCGACCCAGAUGGUGGAAUAUAUUCUGUUCAACAAUAUAAACUUAGCCACAACGAUCAUUUCCGUUUAGAAGUUAAAGACCGUGGAAAGGAUGGUAAAAUCCCUAUUCUAAAUCUACAGAAACCACUAGAUAGAGAAGCUUUGAAAAGGCAUACAUUACUGCUCACAGCCAUUGAUGGAGACAAACCUCCCAAGUCUGGUACUAUAGAAAUAUUAGUGGACGUUUUAGAUGUUAACGAUAAUAUGCCUGUUUUCACAAAAGAGUCGUACUCUGUGACUCUAAAUGAAAAUUCUCCUAUUGGCACAACAGUCAUACAAGUCAACGCUACGGAUUUGGACGAGGGUUCAAACGGUGAAAUAAUGUAUUCUUUUGGUAGUAAUGUGAACAGUAAGUUACGUGAACUUUUUGAAGUAGAUGCUAUUUCAGGUGAGAUAAUUGUCAAAGAAUGGAUCGAUUUUGAAAUAGAUGACAGCUAUGAGAUUGAUAUACAGGCAUCUGAUAAGGGAUCUGCUCCCCUGACAGCAGACAAAAGCGUAACAGUAAAGAUAGUUGACCUGAAUGAUAAUGCGCCCGAGAUAGAGGUGACGUCCUUUUCUAACGCAAUCCCCGAGGAUUCUAGACCCGGUACCACUGUAGCACUAAUCAGUGUCAGUGAUAAGGACUCUGUUCUCAAUGGGAAAGUUCUCUGUUCUAUAAGCGAUGGUGUCCCGUUCACUCUAACACUGUCUUCACAGGAUAACAUGUAUUCGGUAGUCACCAAGUCAACUCUGGAUAGGGAAAAACAGUCUGAAUAUGAUCUAACAAUAGUUGCUAAAGACGCCGGCCAGCCGUCCUUGUCAUCUGUAAAGACUAUAAGCGUCAUUAUAUCAGAUGUGAAUGAUAACAGUCCAGAGUUUUCACUGAGCCCCUAUACUUUCUAUGUCACUGAGAAUAAUGAUCCAGGUUUCUCAGUAUUUUCCGUCAGUGCCUCAGAUCGUGACAUAAAUGAAAACGCUCUUAUUUCAUAUCAUAUACCGAGAGUCGGUGGCACCGAUAAUAAAUUGGCAUCUUUUCUCAACAUCAAUUCAGAAAAUGGGAACAUUGUGGCGCUAAAUAGCUUUGACUUUGAAACUCUCAAAACAUUCCAAUUCCAAGUUGUAGCUACAGACUCUGGAACUCCGUCACUAAGCAGCAACGUCACAAUAAACGUGUUCAUUCUGGAUCAGAACGACAACGCUCCAGUGAUCUUGUAUCCAGUUAGCGCUAACGGCUCAGCUGAAGGUGUGGAGGAGAUUCCACGCAAUGUGAACGCAGGCCAUUUGGUGUCUAACGUGAGAGCCUAUGACGCUGAUAUAGGAUAUAACGGCUGGUUAUUGUUUUCACUGCAGGAAGUUACUGACCACAGUCUCUUUGCUUUGGACCGCUAUACAGGACAGAUAAGGACACUUCGGUCAUUCACAGAGACAGACGAGGCUGAUCAUAAACUGAUCAUACUGGUAAAAGACAAUGGGAACGUUUCACUCUCAGCAACAGCUACUGUGAUGAUCAACGUUGUGGAGCCCAAAGAGGCUUUUGCAGCUUCUGAUGUUAAAAGCGCAGUAAAAGACGACGAGGAGAACAGCGUUACAUUUUAUUUGAUCAUUACUUUGGGAUCAGUUUCAGCGCUUUUUCUCAUCAGUAUUAUCGUGUUGAUUAUAAUGCAGUGCUCUAAAACCCCAGACUAUUCCUCCAAGUAUUUACAAGAUGCGAAUUACGACGGGACACUGUGCCACAGCAUCCAGUACAGAUCCGGAGACAAACGGUACAUGUUGGUUGGACCCAGAAUGAGUAUAGGUUCUACUAUAGUCCCGGGCAGCAAUGGGAAUACUCUAGUGGUACCCGAACACAGGAGACGGGCGUCUGGAGAGGUAAGAUGUUGACCACAUUGCCAUGAGUAACAACUCGUUAGUUGUCAGUAUUUUCAAUCUAAGUACUGUUUCUGAUGGUUACAGGAUCUGUGCCCCCAGGGACUGAAUGUAUGAGUAGUCUACGGAGUGGCAAAUAUGAUAGCCAUUACUGUAGGUGGCAAAAGCGUGCACUUGUUUGUGUUAUUAUCUGAAUGAGUCGAUUAGAAAUAUUGUUUAUACCUCAGAGGGCGCUAUCCCAAGGUUUUUGCUCGUUUAAAGACGCUGCACUCGGGACUUCUGCUGUCCAUGGUGCUGAAACCUGGCGGAGUUCAUUCGUCAUUUUCGUUUUGACAAAACUCUCCUGAAAUGGUUAAAGACACUUUGUAGUUACACUUAGGCUAUAGAAGAAGCAUUUUCAGUCUUUAUUGACAUUGUCCAAACUAUGUAAUUUAGUUCUAUGUAGGACACUUCUUGCAAACUUCUAAACAUCAACCAACAUACACACCCUGUAGUCUCAUAAAGAGCUUCCCCAUGCAUGUCGCCGUCUUUGCCUAACCAGUACAACUGCUUAUAAUGUAGUUUUUUUCUUUUACAAUGUUUUGUUUCGAAAUAGCACUCGGAAUUUGGGAAGUAAAAUAUCCUAAAGGGUGUAAUUACCUUACGCAAUCCUGCAAUAUGAGGCGGAAACGCAUGGUGUCAGUGCGCAAGUAGAAGAAGGGUUAUGAAGAACUCUAUUGGUCAUACUUUUGAGUCCUCCCUUUAUAGCUGGUUUGGUAUUUCGUCGCUAGCGUACUACAGCCGUGAGCUUCGAGGAUACAUUGUAAUUUAAAACCUUUCAUUGCCAACAUAUUCUAAGAUAACGAGCUGUAAUUAUAUUUGGCAGCGCAAUUAAUAAAAUGGCGUUGCCGUUAGAGGCAUAGUGGAAGUGCUGUGGAUUUUUCUUUAACCUUAAAAACAUGGAACAAAGAGGAUGCGGGGCAUGGUGGGAGCGACGGCAGAGGGUCGUUUUCAUGUUUGCUUUGGUUCUCUUUUGGAGCGGGGCAUCUGCACAGAUAAGAUACUCCAUCUCUGAAGAGCUUAAGGAAGGAACUGUCGUGGGGAAUAUAGCUAAGGAUUUGGGAAUAGUUCUGAGCACCUUGAAGGAAAGGGGAUUUCGAAUCGUGUCUGGCUCGACCGAGCCCCUUUUCCAGGUAAACCAGAAUGAAGGCAUCUUGUAUGUAAACCGAAAAAUAGACCGAGAGGAGGUGUGCGAACGGAGCAGCGUGUGUUUGAUCAACAUGAAAACCGUUCUAGAGAACCCGCUGGAGAUCCAUUAUGUCGCAGUGGAGGUGUUAGAUGUUAACGACCAUUCUCCCAGCUUUCCCGAGAAAGAGAAACGGUUAGAGAUUUCCGAGUCCAGGUUACCGGGGGCGCGAUUUCAGCUACAAGCAGCGCGGGACCCAGAUGAAGGUCCAUUCUCCGUUCAACAAUAUAAACUGAGUCACAAUGAUCAUUUUCGUUUGGAAGUUAAAGACCGAGGUGAGGACGGUAAAAUUCCGUUUUUGGUUUUACAGAAGCCACUAGAUAGAGAAUCUGUAAGAAGCCAUAAAUUACUCCUCACUGCCAUUGAUGGUGGAAAACCACCCAGAUCUGGAACUCUCGAAAUAUCAGUGGAUGUACUGGAUGUUAAUGACAAUACUCCUGUGUUCACUAAAGAUAUAUAUUCUGUAAGUUUAAACGAAAACGCUCCUUUGGGAACUAUGGUCAUAAAGGUAAAUGCCACCGAUUUAGAUAGUGGCCAAAACGGGAAAGUAAUUUACUCAUUUGGCAAUGACGUCAACAGCAAGUUAAGGACACUUUUUGAUGUAGACACCAUUACAGGUGAAAUAACUGUGAAAGGACAAAUAGAUUUUGAAGAAAGGGAUAGCUAUCUGAUUGAUAUACAGGCAUCAGAUCAAGGACAACUUCCUCUGACAACAGACAAAAGCGUAAAAAUUAAAAUCGUUGACCUCAACGACAAUGCACCUGAGAUAGAGGUGACAUCAUUUUCUAAGGCAAUUCCCGAAGAUUCUAGGCCCGGAACCACGGUGGCACUGAUUAGUGUUACUGAUUUGGACUCUGGUCUCAAUGGGAAAGUUCUCUGCCAUGUAUUGGAAGACGUACCUUUCACACUAUUGCCGUCUGUACAUGAUAACAUGUACUGUGUAGUCACCAAGUCACCACUGGAUAGAGAGAAAGUAUCUCAAUAUGAUCUAACAAUAGUAGCCAAAGACGCAGGCCAGCCGUCCCUGUCAUCUGUAAAGACUAUAAGCGUCAUUAUAUCAGAUGUGAAUGAUAACAGUCCAGAGUUUUCACUGAGCCCCUAUACUUUCUAUGUCACUGAGAAUAACGACCCAGGCGCCUCAGUAUUUUCUGUGAGUGCGUCAGAUCGUGACAUACAUGAAAACGCUCUUAUUUCAUAUCAUAUUCUCAGAGACGGUGGUGAUGAGAACAAAUGGGCAUCUUUCCUCAACAUAAAUCCAGAAAAUGGAAACAUUUUGGCGCUAAAAAACUUUGACUUUGAAACUUUAAAAACAUUCAAAUUCCAAGUUGUAGCUACAGACUCUGGAACUCCAUCACUAAGCAGCAACGUCACAAUAAACGUGUUCAUUCUGGAUCGGAACGACAACGCUCCAGUGAUCUUGUAUCCAGUCAGCGCUAACGGAUCCGCUGAAAGUGUGGAGGAGAUUCCACGCAAUGUGAACGCAGGCCAUUUGGUAACUAAAGUGAGAGCCUAUGAUGCUGAUAUAGGAUAUAACGGCUGGUUAUUAUUUUCAAUGCAGGAAGUUACUGACCACAAUCUCUUUGCUUUGGACCGCUAUACAGGACAGAUAAGGACUCUUCGGUCAUUCACAGAGACAGACGAGGCUGAGCAUAAACUGGUCGUACUGGUAAAAGACAAUGGGAACGUUUCACUCUCAGCAACAGCUACUGUGAUUAUCAACGCGGUGGAGCCCAAAGAGGCUUUUGCAGCUUCUGAUGUUAAAAGCUCAGUAAAAGACGAAGAGGAGAACAGCAUUACGUUUUAUUUGAUCAUAUCUUUGGGAUCAGUUUCAGCACUUUUCAUCAUCAGUAUCCUCGUGCUGAUUUUAAUGCAGUGCUCCAAAGCCCCAGACUAUUCCUCCAAGUAUUUACAAGAUGCGAAUUACGACGGGACACUGUGCCACAGCAUCCAGUACAGAUCCGGAGACAAACGGUACAUGUUAGUUGGACCCAGAAUGAGUAUAGGUUCCACUAUAGUCCCGGGCAGCAAUGGGAAUACUCUAGUGCUACCCGACCACAUGAGAAGAGCUUCUGGAGAGGUAAGGAGGUCAUCAAUCUAA